AUGGCUAAUAUUUCGAUCUCACAGCUGCAGCAGAUGAUCGAGAUGAUCGGGCAACUCCGUGAGGAGAUCGACAUGGUAAAGGCGGAGACCUUGGGGUGGAAAGAAGGUAUGGAUCGCUUUGCUGCAGAAAAUGAGACUGCCUUGUCCCAAUUGUCAUCGGCCGAAAGUCUGCUUCGAGGCAUGAAAGAGAAGAGCUCUGUUCAGGAAAAGAAAAUAGCGGCGGUCGAAGCUCGGUUGGCUUCCAAACUUGAAAAGGCCAAAUCUGAAGCUGAAAAGGCUAAAGCCGAGGUAGACACGAUCGUGACCGUCUACCGAGCCGAUGCUGAAGUCACUCAAGUACAAGUGAGAGAGGCAGCCAAGACUGCUCAAACUCGAGCGUAUUGGAUUGCUGAACUUGCCAAGUGCCAAUCUCGGAGGGAAAACCUCGAGGAGAUCCACACUCGAGGUUUCGAUCUAGCCGAUGAGAUAAUAAAGCCUAAAGAGUGUGAAACCGAAGUUGCAGCGCUAGCCUCCAAUGAUGACGAUGAUGAUGAUGAGAGCAAAAGCGGGUCCAAGAGCGGGGAGGACCUCGAUGGAGAAGAAACUGCCCCCGGAGAAAAUCAGGAACCUUAUGUAACAGCUGGGUACUCGAUUAGGUUCUACUUCAGUCGUCGUGAAGCUAUCGAGCUUCAUUUUGAGCUCGAUACUGACUCGAGCUCGAUAUUGACUCGGGCUCGGAUCUCGAGUUCCAUAACGCCACUUCAUAUCAUAGUUCGAUUUGGACUCGAGCCUGAUAAUGACUUUGAGCUCGGUAUUGAUCGGUCACUGAAUCUUGAGCUUGGUAACCUGGCUUCAGAUCUUAUCUCGUUUGUCUUUAUCUGUCGUCCGUUAACUUUAAACCCUGUUGUUAUCACAUGCGUCAAAUAUAACACUGACCCUUUACACAAAAAAGGACAAAAAGGAAAAAGAAAAACAAGAACUUAUCCGAAUGAUGUGAAAGUAGAGCAACAAGUAGAACCAAAGCUUCACAAAAAUCAGCUUAUAAUCUCAACAUGGCUUCCCCAAGUUGAUACUUGCUUCUUUUCUUGUUUGUCCGGUUGUGCCGCAUGCCAUAUUGUCUACAGGUUCAAUUUGGCUUUUCAGUGGGCAAGAUCUAUGUUCAAUGAUGAUGAACCGUUGGCCUUCAAGAACAUGCACGAAUUUUCUGCGACGGAUGGCUUUGUAGAGAUAACUGAAUCCUUGGCAGACAUGAUAAAGUUCAUCGCAAAUGAGCCCUCCAUGGGUCUUUUCUACAUUCAACAUCAUACUCAGAGUGCAGCUCCCAACCUUAUCAAUCUCAAGAACAAUAUUCAGGAAAAAUCUCGUGAUGUGACUUUGCACGCGGAAGAUUCAGAGGAUUCUAUCACCAUGAUCAGGUCGAUGAAAGAUUGUGGUGCCCCAAUUGCUAAUGAGAUGAUUAAAGAUCUGAGACAUUCUCUAGCUGUUGUGUCGAAGAAUAAGCAAUUGAGAAAAGGGUUAAUAAGGCAGUCCAGGUCAACUUUUCAGUUAGGGCGAACUAGUUCUUGGAGUCCUGCCACUUGGGGUCGAAGUACAGUUCCAGAAUUGGAUGGUGAGAGUGGUUAUCUCUCAAAUAUUUUCAGGUCAACGAAAGAAAAAGCUAAUAGCUUCAAGUGGUCUCAAUUAGAGUCCAAAGAAUCUGAUGUAACCUAUACUGAUGAUGCACUAUCAGCUGUAGCGGCCGGAUCUUUGUUCUCAGUUUCAGAGGCGAAUGAUGAAGAGUUGCCAUUAUCAAGUCCAACUAAUAAUGAGCUACAAGUGAUGCAGGUGAAUAUAAGCAUGUCCAAUGAUCAACUGCUCUCUUCAUCAGAAAAGUAUGAAGAAGUUAUGGCUGAUAAAGAAGCACAAUUGGAGGAGUGGUUGGGAGGGAUUGGCAAUAGUAAUACUGGUCCCGGAGAAAAUAAGCUUGGUCGUAUCAUUAGGGAGAGCUCUCACUAGGGAGAGCUUUGCUCGUAUCAUUAUUCAUUAUCUUUGUACUAAAAGAAUAAAUGUUAUAGAGAGAUUUUAAUAGUAAGGAAACAGAAAUGAAAGACUCGAGCUUGAUGGUCUCGAGAUUUGAUCCUGCUUAUCAAGUAAAUUUAAAUGUGCAUAAA